CUGCUCCGGAGGGCCGAGGCCAGCCUGAGGCCCGUCCGGCGCCCGGCGACGGCCGCCCCUCGAGGCCUCGCCGGCGACGACGGGGCGCCCGUCUGCGACGACGAGCAGCACCUCUCCGUUGUUGGUAACCCGUCCGCGUUCCUUGUCGGCGACGUCCUCGCCAGCGAAGACGGGGCGCUCGACAGCGACGCUGGCAGCCUCCUCGAGUUCAAGCGCCUGCACUCGUGGCCGUGCGGUGACGUCGCGGAGCUCAAGGCUCGCCACAGGAGCACGUCCAUCGACGCGGUGGAGGUGGGCGCGGCGCUUCCGCUGGAGGGCGCGGGCGCGGCCGCCCAGCGCAGAGGCGUCGGGCACGCUGCGCCGAGCUUGCACGAGCGCGGGCAGGACCAGGAUGACCAGUCGCCAGUGCGAGUUGGUCGCGUCGGGCGUCUGGAUCUGCUUCAGGUGGGCUGCUCAGCAGCGGCGACCCUCGUGACCACUGGCAUUGACAUGUUCUGCGUACGCCAGGUGGCCAACGGCUCGGGACCUGUGUAUACGCCUCUGCUGGGGAUACAACUGUCGGCUCUGUUUGCUUUGCGAAAGGUUGAGAUCAUCGGUAUUACUUUUGACAUGCGCACGGUCCCUCCAGGCUUUGUCAUCCUGCUGAUGUUCAGCGGUGUGCCACUGUCCACGGCGUGGAUUGCUCUCAUCGGCACUCCAAAACUUUGUCCUCUUCAUGUCAUGGUCGUAUUUUUCGGCAUGGCUUACAUCUGUGUUUCCCUUGAUGGCACUGGCCUGCUGCGGCACGUCGCCUUGAAGGUGGCAUCUAAGACGAACAGCCCUGGCAGUGUCUUCCUUGCAGUCUCCUGCCUCACGGGUGUUUUGACUCUGCUGACGUCGAACGACAUCGUUAUCCUCACAUUGACGCCUGUCAUUUUGCACCUCUGUGCGGCCAAGGGCUACGACCCUCACCCUUUCGUGUAUCUGGAGUUCGUCACAGCCAACGUGUGGUCGAUCAUCUUGGAGAUCGGCAAUCCCACCAACAUGAUCGUUUCCGACGCCGCUGGAUUCAAUUUCAGCACGUAUUUCAGGAGCAUGGCGCCCGCUGGUAUUGCUAGUGGCGUGACGGCUGUCGGCGUGAUUUAUGCACUGUCCCUCUCGAGCUUUCGCACGGUGCCGGCCACCGUGAUAGCGCAACGGCCAGGCGGGGAAGUCGCCGACCAGGACGCCGGCGCCACGCCGUUGCAGCCCUUCCGCGCCGGCGCCUGCGCGUGCCGGCUGGUGCUGCUGCUGAUGUUCGCAACCUUGGAUUCGGUCACCUCCGUGCCACUGUGGCAAAGCGUCGGGGUCGUGUUUGUGCUGUCGCUGGUCAUGGAUAUCUCGAUGGACUUGGCCGGGUCGGACGGGACACAAUCCGGUUGCUGGAGCACCUUGGCGAAGAUGCCCUGGGAGGUGGCGCCCUUCGCGCUGUCGCUGUUCUUCAUGGUGGAGGUUCUGGACAUCACGGGGGUCGUCUCGGCGAUGGCGCGCGUGGCCAGCGCAGCCAUCGGAGGCAGCAGAGUCGGAGCCAGCUUCGGCAUCGGCGUGGCAUCAAUCGUCGCAUGCCAAUGUUUGAACAAUCAGCCGAUGACCGUGCUGUUUACGAAAAUAUUGACCCACUCGAAUUUCAACGUUGGGCAGGGUGCCGGACAGAUCGCACAGCGCGCCCUGAUCGUGGGUUCCAACCUCGGUGCCAACGUGACGCUCAUCGGUGCGCUGGCGGGGCCGCUGUGGGUUGGCAUCUUGGCGCAGAAUAAUAUACCGAUGAAUCAAGAGAAGUUCGUCAUGGCGAUGGUUCGCAUCACUCCCGUGGUCGCAGCGGCAGCGCUGGCAACACUGCUCGUGACGUGA